AUGGUUGGCAGGAAGGUGCUAAAGUCUGGACGCAGCCUAGUGGAUCAGAUUACAAUGUUGUGCUUAUUAUUGAAUCUCUUUUUAGUUUUCCUCACAGGAGAAAAAGCCAAUUCAGUAUUAAAACGCUACCCAAGAGCUAAUGGAUUUUUUGAGGAAAUAAGACAGGGCAACAUUGAGCGUGAGUGCAAAGAAGAAGUCUGCACAUUUGAAGAAGCGAGAGAAGCUUUUGAAAAUGAUGAAAAAACUGUAAGUAUGUUGGCCAUCUUUUUAAAAGAAAAGACCUAUCAGAACUCCCCUCUGCUCGGAGAAGAUGCCUCCUCACCUCUCUUGACUCUGGACCGCAUGCCGUCCAAGGUGAACUGA